AUGCUCACGCCGACAAUUGCCAACCGGCUCAGCUGGUUGUACGCCGUGGGCAACACGCCGGCCACUAACCUCGCACGAAGCGUCCCCCACGGCGAGGACGCAGGCAUCCUGACCCUCGGCUGCGGCGAUCUCAGAAACAUCCUAUACACCGCAUAUGUCGAGAAAGGCCUCGCCCGCAGAAAGCUUGACUUUUCGUGCUGCGAUUAUGACGAGAAAGUCAUCGGUCGAAACAUCAUCUUCUUGACCUUUGUCCUGGACCGAGACGAAAACGUCACGGAUGAGUCGCUGUGGAAUAUUUACUACCACCUUUUCUUGGAUGACGCUACUUCGGAGCUCGUCCUUGGCCAGACGCAAAAGCUCGUCUCGCUCCUGGAGUCUCUUGAGGCGUGGAAGAAGGGCCCUUACCACAAGAUCCUGCGAUUUUGCGACAGUGACACCCUAGAUGACGUCCGGCGCGUCUGCCAACGCGUGCUCAAGGCGUCGCGGUCGCGCAAUGAAGCCGCCCAUCGCAAAUCCUUUGCCAAGUGUUUGCAAACCACAAAGGCCUUAUUCAACCGAGCCGCCGGGGCUGGUGGCCAGAGCGUUUCGGGCCUCCGUUCAGCGUCUCCACUAUCGCUCAUGGCCGUGGACAGUGUCUCCAAGGCGAGCAUUCAGUAUACCAGGGAUGGUACCGUGACGCCGAGACCCAAAAGCGUGGACGUUCCAAACCCGAUGUUUGCAGGCCUCCUCUCGGAAACUGAGAUUCUCCACUACGGGACGGAUCCUGUCCUGGGGUACCAUCUCGCCACGGCCUUUGCGCCGCUGGCGAAGAAUUCGCCGCUGAGACCUGAGGGCGCGGAUAACUCGUUCAAGGCUGCCGCGGCUGCCAAGGCCCAAUUUCGCGAAUGGCUGUCUGCUCUGCGACUGCUCGUGGGACAAGGCGUCGUGUUUCGGUUCGUAGUGGCAGAGGUUUACGCCUUCUGCCAUACACUCCAGCGUGCGGCUGCAACGGGACAGCCGUCGGCAAACUGGUACCGACGGCAAUGGGACCUCAAGCAGCUUCGUCUCGAUGACAGCGUAUACGGAGCUGCCGGCAAAGGCCCGACGGCCUUUGACGUGAUUGACACGUCCAACCUAUCCGACCAUGUUGGGCCACUUAACAUUCUGGUUUCCACGACUCCUUUGCUGAAAGCCACGCCGUGGGCUACUCUCCAUACCGAGCUCAUGCUGAGCAAGCACAGAUCGCUGAAAGAAGCCUUGAACGGCUUCCUUUGCGGGCACGCACCUACGGUGUCUCUACUCCUUGGUGUCAGCCCAGUUCAGUAUUGGGCCAACGCAAAAUGCGAGUCGCACGUGGACGAGGUCUUUCUCGGACUCAUGACCGAAUCCGCCGAGAAAGCCCAAGGCGAGACGCAGCUCCACAGCCGGCUUUCUUGGAAGCGUGAUGACCAGUUCUCUGGGCGGCUGAAUGGCCGAGGCCCGUUGCACAUGGACGCAACGACCCUGUCCAGGCUGCUUUUCCAGAUGUACCUGGAAAUGUUCAAUACGGAAGAGUAUGCGGGUAUUUUGAAGAACGCGAAUUCGAGGGGUGCAAUCUAUCCCAGUGUCCACCGGGGGAGCUUUGCUGCCCUGCUGAAGGUGGUCAUGCAUCGAGUCAAGACGGACUGGUCCAUGGUGUGUUCCACUCUGCUCGACACCAUCGCUCAGGACCGCACUCUCAGCCUAUCAAGCAACCAGAUGCAGGAGUUGGGCGUGCAGAUGUACCUCCAAGGCGUCAGCACCGAGUCGUGGCUGCUCAACGAAGCCAGCAGUCUGCCAAGCGCGGGUCCCUUGAGUGGCUGGAAAAACAUCCCUCUUGCUGUUGCAGUCACAAUGGUGGUACCCAGACAGGCGUUCACAAGACUUUUCGACCUGCCUCCAGAGCACGAGAUGGCGUCGCCCACGCUCGUCGCCUCGCUACGAGCAGGGCCUACAUCCACCAACCAGUGGCACAACAUGUACGGUGACAUUCAAAUCACGUUUGGGAAUGUCAAGGUCAGACUGCCGAGCGAAGACUCUCCCGUGGUAGUUGAACAGGAUGGUCUUGGAUGGGCAGGCUCUUCACCUCUCAUCGCCUCAUUCAUGGUACCAACAGCGGCACUUCAAGUGGAACCAACAACGGCGGUCAUCGGCCUGGCUAUCCCGCCAUCGGUGCAGGGCAUGGAACUGUACGGCCCUAAGCUGGGCAUGUCCAUGUCAGUUUUCGACACGACCCUUGGAGACUCGACGAGGGUAUUUGUGUCCAGGUUCAUGCCCAACCAAGAAUCGCAUCGUGUAACUGGCGCUGGUGUCAAGCCCCUGGCGCCCACGGCAGAAGUGCCCAAAGAUCACACGGUCAAGAUGAUCGCCGAGGUCCCUGCAUCUGAGUCGCGGAUCUCUACCAUCACCGGCCACGUUGACAUCACUUCCGCAAAGGGUAAAGGUCUCUUACGGGACAAGGCCCCGAUCGAGCUGUUGCAGGAUGAUCCCUUUGUGAUACGUGCAGUUUUUGGAAACUCGGAUCUUGUCUGCCCGCUGCGAUUCCCCGUGCCAGUUGCGAGGGAGGGAUGCAGGAGCCGUGUCGCUCGCACGUCGGGGUACUUGGAAGUAAUUGCGCCGGUUGCGGACCCGGUCGAUGCGGAUAUCCUCGCGGACUUCAUCUUCCCCACGGAGCUGUCCGCAUCAGGCUUGCCCGUCGCAUUGAACACGCCCCAUGUCAACCUGGACAACUUACCAAUCCUGGAUGUGAGCGAAAAAGACGAUAUGAGGUGGCUUACAACCUUGACUUCCUUGCAAUUCUCAGCCCGAGAAAAGCGUCUCCGCGACUCGGUAAAUACUAAGAGUGGUAUUGCCGAGAGCCCGCGGGUCAACUUCAAGGAGUCUCUCUUCACCAUGUUCAUGCUGGCGUCGGGCCUCCAGGGUGGACAGACUGGCAUGUUUGCCAUCAAUCACCCGGAAAGAGGGGGUAUUCACAUGCUCAUAUUCGUAUCGGCAAUGCGCUUGGACGGUGACACGGCUUCGGUUGUCUUGGACGCCGCCGUUAUCCCCUUUACGACGGAGCUGAUUACGUCGGGAAAGAUGGACGGAUUUCUCCUGCUCAUCAGAACUCUAGAAUGCUGCACCAUCACCGUUAACGACGCAGAACUGGUCCUCUGGAAGAGGGUUCUCCCAUCUUUGGUCGAGAGAUGUCGAACCUGGACCCAUAAGGCGAGCUGCGAGUACAAGAAGAAGGGAGGAGCAGUCCCGCUGAGCGUCGAGCCGACCGAGAAGUUCCUUUGCUCGUGCGGCAAUGGUAAAGUGCCCGAGGGCUUCCUCUCGCUGCCGGACUGGGACACUGCUGCCCCUCACGCCGUACGAGUCGCAAUCAGCCCGACUUACUCCGUGCCGUUUGUGGAGGAUGUUGUGGACGCCGCGGCGAUGGGCUCAGCGACGAGCCAGAUGUCUGAGAAGGAGCGCUGCCGGAACUGUGGCAGGAUGGAGGGCAAGGACGGUGGCCCUCUGAAGAAGUGCAUGCGGUGCCAGGAGGCCAAGUACUGCUCGGCCGAGUGCCAGAAGAAGGACUGGAAGAAGCACCGCAUGGAGUGCAAGGAGAUGGAGGGCUGA